CCGGGCUCCGUUCCUCUACAAGUCCUUUGCCAGGCAUCGAUCAAUCCACUAGAACGGCAUCAUGGAUAUCGCCCUCGAAAUUUGGGACACCUUCAUUGCGGACCGAUUAUACGCCUCCCUCCUUCCGGUCUCGCUCUCCUCCUCCGUUACACUCCCUGGCUCCAACAAUGCAGUCAACAGCACUCUGUCCUUCUUCGGUGCCUCCAAGCCUUUUGCCUAUGAACCGGCCACUCAGUGGAUCUAUCUGGAACCCUCCAAGUAUGCCUACAUGAGUGCGUGGCCGCGAAACAACAUCUACCGUCAAGCCCUGAGCUUCUUCUUGAUUGUCUGGAUUUUCGGGAUCAUCGUCUACUUCAUAUCCGCAACCUUAUCGUACAUCUUCGUCUGGGAUAAGACCACCGUCAAGCACCCCAAAUUUCUCAAAAACCAGAUCUCCAUGGAGAUCGCCCAGACAAUGCAAUCCAUGCCGGUCAUGUCUCUUUUGACCGCGCCCUUCUUGGUCGCUGAGGUCCGAGGCUAUGUGAAACUCUACGACGGUUUCUCCGACGAGCCGUUCCCGUAUUACAGUAUCCUGCAAUUCCCGCUAUUCAUCGCUUUCACCGAUUUCUGCAUCUACUGGAUCCAUCGCGGCCUACACCAUCCAUCGAUCUACAAAACACUGCAUAAACCUCACCACAAAUGGAUCAUGCCGAGCCCAUUUGCCUCGCAUGCUUUUCAUCCCUUGGAUGGGUGGUCCCAAAGCGUCCCCUACCAUCUAUUCCCGUUCAUCUUCCCACUCCAGAAAGUCGCAUAUGUCUUACUGUUCGGUUUCAUCAACUUCUGGACGGUCCUGAUUCAUGACGGGGAAUAUGUUGCCAACAGCCCGGUCGUCAACGGCGCUGCCUGUCAUACCAUGCACCACCUCUACUUCAACUACAACUACGGACAAUUCACCACCUUAUGGGACCGUCUCGGCGGUAGCUACCGACAGCCGAACGAGGAGCUCUUCCGGCGCGAGACCAAGAUGGACCAGAAGGAGUGGCAGCGACAGACCAAAGAAAUGGAGACCAUCCUCAGGGACGUCGAAGGCGAGGACGAUCGCAAAUACCUCGCGGAAUCCAAGAAGGAACUCUGAUCCCUCGGUUUUUUUGCGGUUUCCGAACUUUGUCUCUGGUACCGAACGCCCUAUCAUGAACAUACCUUGGUUUUCUGUCGCGAUACCCGCAUAUCCGAAUAUACCCCGGCUCUCGUGAAACGAAUCAUUGAAAUGCGAGAAGAAUAAACGAACUCAACGAGUCAAAUGAGAGAGGAUAACAUGCCGUAGGGGACGACGCUGGAAUGUGGUGAACCUUUC